AUGAAGCUCAGCAUAACGCAGAUGCCCUUCGUAGAGGAGGUAAAGAACCCCGAGGCCAUCGAGGCUGCCAAGCCCAGCAAGGCCGCAGACAAAACCAUUGGCAAGGCCUCUGUCACCGGGAAGACCGCGACCACGGCUGCCGCGCAACACAAGAAGGCGCGCCGUGACCUUCGCCCUCGUCCUCAGCAUGCGACCCUUCUCGACACCACAGACGAUGACAACUACGAUGACUGCUGGCUUCCCGAGUACGAGGAUCCGCGUCCCACGGACAAGGUCGUUGACAAUGACUGGGUCAGUGUCAAGAAACCGGCUUCGGGUCGUUGA